AUGCGUCAGGUGAUUGCAUAUAAAUUACUAUACUAUUCUGAUCAGCCAAAUGUGAAAAACUUAACUGAGUCUCUUCUUCAGGAUCAGAAAAGACAGCGAACUGAGUCAAGCUAUGGUCCAAGUCGAGAGAGGAGGGCAAAAACUAUUGACAAGCAGAGGAGAGAGGCUCAAAAUAAUCUGCAGGAAGAAAGAUUGAUGAUUCCAGAGAACCACAACGUUAACGCUCAAGAGAAUCUACAACAACAGGCAGAUAUGGAGAGGCAGAACAGAGAGGCUCAAGAGAAAGCGCAGGAGGAACGUAGACGACAGAUAGAUAAUGAGAGGAGGCAGGCUCGUUUGCGUCUUGAGCGGAUGAAACCGAGAGUUCUAACCAGUAACGUGGAUCAGCUCAGAGAGGCAUUACCACAUAUUGGGAUUGAAAGAAAAGAGGGCGAUGGGUUUUAG